AUGGGUCCGCAUGGACUCUUUGGACCCAUAAAAAAACCCCCUGUGAAUCUGCUACGAGUCGGGUACAAUAAUAAUACUUUUCAGAACUUCAACAUGGUGGCAGGAUAUCCGAAUAUGCCAAUAACGAAAGAAGCAUUCGAUGACUGCCUUUGUUGGAGACCAAACGCAACGCCAUUCAUCCCCUUCACCAUCGAUUGGGGAAGAGCACUGAAGAGGAGACGGAAACUCAUAGGAAAAGGUAGACAAGACGUCGUCAUUAUUGCUGUCUGGUCCAAAGGUCUUCACAACGUGUACGAUGCAUACGAAGCUGCGAAGACGUUAAGAUACCGCGAUGGCAAUGUAUUUGAUGGCCACCCCCAAAACCAAGGGAUCGCGGCAGAUGAAUAUAGAGUCUUAGCUAUUUUCGAUGGACAAAAUGAGCUUGAGGGUGUUCCAUUAAGCGUUCCAGGUUUGAUAGGGCCAGUUACGGUUCCCAGCUUUAUACCGCACACACCUCGUGGAACGAUGAAAGAGAUGCUCGAAGAGCAGCUUCAGGAGUGUCUGAGAAUACAGAUAUACAGUCGUACUGGCAUUAGAGGCGAUAGUGAGCAGCUUCUGCAUCUCAAACGAUACAUGAUGGGAACUUUUGCACCCCUUUCACAUCAUUCGCUGUCGUCGGUCAUGACGUUUCGAGUUUGA